AUGGAGUCAGCAAAUAUUUGGCAACGUGCCUGUCCUAUUAAGAUCAGUAAGAUAAGAGGAGGUAAGUGACCGGCUGGCAAAUUUGAGUUUUUAACAAAAUUUGUAUGUAUAGUCAUAUUAAGCUCACACUGAAACUUUAUUAAAUAAAACUCUAAAUACGUUUGGUAUACACUAUCAUAAUAUAAAGUUAAAGAUGUGUUUUGAUGUGUUACAUUCAGUUUGCACGUGUCAGCUUUGUUUAUGUUUAUGUAUCCAAAUUCCAAAUAAUGAACUUUACUAUAAACAACCUACAAAUUUUCGUCGAUCAAAAUGCAAGGACUUAAAAUCUAGUCCAGUCUGAAUUGGAGGAUUGAAAAUGACAUCUCAUACGAAUUAAUCACUAUACUUGAAGUGAAUUAAAUUUGAUCCAGUCCAAGGACUGAAUUAGUUUUGAUCACAUCAGAUGCACACCUUUCCUGUAAUCUUGACAUGAUGAUAAUACAUAAUAACUUCCAGAAAUAUUUUUUUCCAGGUGAACUCUGUAGCUCAUACAUUGACUACUGUACAAGCGCUCCGUGCCAGCAUGGUGGGACAUGCCGCACUCAUCAUAACAGUUACCAAUGUAUUUGCAAAGAUGGAUACACUGGAAAUCAUUGUCAGACAAAGGUCAAUGAAUGCAAUAGCGUGCCAUGCCAAAAUGGUGGACAAUGCGUUGACGUAAUUAAAGGAUAUAGAUGCAAAUGCCCAAUAGGUAGGUGUAUUUAUUGACUCGUUUAGCUUUUUGGUUAUUUUAGGAAGCUAGUACCCUUCAAAAUAGAUAAUAAAGUAUUUUUCUAAAAAUAUAUAAAUAGACCGUAGAGGGUACGAAAUAAAGUUGUUGUUGUUAUUUUAUUAAUUACCUGUUACCGUUUGAACUACGUACAUGGUAAAAUUGAGAACACUUCGACAGUAGAACGAAAGAGGGUAUUAGUACUAGUAAACAAGUAAAAUCAUCUGGCAUUAGGCGGAGUAAAAUAACUAAAGGGUGCAUUAGGACAUAUUGCGGCUUAUUGAUUUAACAAGAAGCAUGGGUAGAUAACCUACAAUCAUAGACAAAACUCACGCGGACAACUUGGUCUAAAUUGAGUUUGUCACCUUAGCUGCGAGGUAUUUUUUAUUAGAAGAUGUAAAUAACUCUUAACCCCUGUUCCCCCAGCACAAUGUUGUUUACUUUAUUAUGUAUGUAUCACAGAUGACAUUCCCAUCUCAUCAACAUUGUUUUAGGGAUGAGUAUUUGCAAUUAUAUUUAGACAUUUAAAUUUAAGACGCCUUUUCCAUGUGCUUGUCCGAGUGGUUUUGUCUAGGAUUGUAGCUAACUAUUAAAUAAUCAUGCAUUAGACAAAGUAAAAAGCAAAGUGGGGUUCAUUAAAUUGAGCACAUUGUGAGUAAAAAUUAUUUAACUAGUAUAGGCUCGUAUUCAAACAUACUUAGAGCCUUAAUCCCAUAUAAUGUAUACUAAUUUUUUCAGGAUUCACAGGAGUAAAUUGUGAGAAUCCUUCAGACCAUUGUUUAAGUCGUCCUUGCCAGAACAAUGCAACAUGCACGACUAUUGGUAAUACUUUCAAAUGUAAUUGUGCCGCCGGCUUCACAGGCUCUAACUGUAGCGUCAAUGUGGAUGACUGUCUCUCGGCAAAUUGUCAAAACAAUGCAUUGUGCAGGGAUGGCAUCAAUGAAUUUAAGUGUGUUUGUGGGCCGGGAUUCAUUGGAUCUUUAUGCCAGUAUGAUGUAAACGAAUGUCUCUUAUUGCCAUGUCAAAAUAAUGGAAAUUGUACCAAUAAAAUUGGAAGUUAUAUUUGUGAAUGUCUUUUGGGUUUCACAGGUGAGUCUGAAGUUGCAGAUUUGUUUCCAAAUUUAUUGGAGUGCCAGCUAGUGGUUAAGCCCUGUAUGUACAGACGAACAAGUUUUCUUUGACAAGUUUACUUUCUCGUGUGUACGGUCAACAAGUUUGCAUGUGCAUGCAGUGUUGUUAAACAUUUAUCUCUCGUCAAGGCCGCCUUUUUUGCCAAAACCACAGGCAUAGACGUAUUUCUUGUACACUUAUCAAGUUUUCUUUAGCGCAGCCGUACACAGGGACACAUUUUCCUUGUGUACUCAUGCUUUGGAACAAGGAAAAAUGAAGGAACAUAUAAGGAACAAGGAACAUAUUGGCAAGGAAAAAUGGUCAAUUUUCGAGCGAAACGAGCAAAUAAAACUUGUCAAAGUACAAAACACAGUAGAUUUUUUCUGGGUACUCGUGGUGACAGAACGUAUAGAUGAUUUAUCUUUACUACUAUAAACACACGCUUAUCAAGUUCCUGGAAAUGAAAAGUAGUUUAAGCUGGGCCAUGACAAUUAUCACAUAUAAGUAAAGCUUAUUUUGCUCAUUUCUAAUUUAUCAAAUUGUGUUUCAUUUUGUAGGUAAAAAUUGUGAAACUAAUGUGGAUGAUUGUGCUAGUGUGACAUGUUUAAAUGAUGGCAAAUGUAAGGACAUGUUGAACAACUUUACAUGUGACUGUCACCCAGGAUUCAGGGGAGAAUAUUGUAAGGAGAAUAUUAAUGAAUGUCAGCCGCAGCCAUGUAGAAAUGGAGGCUUAUGUGUUGAUGGUAUUGCCAGGUAUACUUGUCUGUGUACAGAGAAGUGGUUGGGUAAGUUGUCUUGACGUGGCUCACUGAUGGUACUCAUCUUUGAUAAUGCUUUCAUUAUGUAUAGCAGUUGUGUUGAGCCAAUGAAUACUAUUGAGACCAAUGCUACUGAAACCCACCUAUCACCACCUAUCACCUUCAGUAACAUUUAUCUAGUUGGUUAGGCACUGUUUCCAAUACAUUGCCUUGGUAUAGGUAUCUAAAUAACCUGGAACAGAUUAAAACACUGUGGUGCUUCGAGCAAAAGCCUUUCGUUCCCAAACAUUCUUCUGAUAAAGGACCUUCCCUGAAAAUGUUGGAGGCUGCUUGUUAUUUCACUCUGGAUACCAACACGUUUUUCCUAGUAACAAUGAAGCAAUAAAGUGUAGCUCUCACUGGACCUCUAUGGAAAACAGUUUAGAAAUGAUAUUCUAUAAGCUGCCAUUAUAAAUACAGUUAGUUUAAACGUACAAAGUUGUCCUUCAGUAGCAUAUUAUAUGAAUGAUAUUUGUUGAGUGAGGCCAAAAGCUACUGCUGAAAAUAAAUCCUAACUCAGGCGACAAAUUUUAAUAUAAAAAAUAUUAAAAGAGUUUAGAAAGGCCUUGUGGAAGAAUUAACAUAAUUUACUGUGUGUAAAUCAGCAUAUAUCACUACAACCUACAUGGUGCUAAGGUGAUAUUAUUUUUCCACUGUUGCUAAGGUGAUAUUAUUUUUUUUAAAAAUUUCUUAGGUGAAAACUGUACAAUUCCAAAUGACACCUGCAAGUUGCACUUUUGUGAGAAUGGGGCUACUUGUGUGAAUAAUGGCAGCUCAUAUUAUUGUAAAUGUUCCUCGGGCUUCGUUGGAAAGUACUGUCAAACAGAAUUGAACGAAUGCUGGUCAUCGCCUUGCCAACAUGGUACCUGUAAGGAUGGUGUGAAUGAUUAUCAUUGCACAUGCCAGACGGGGUGGACAGGAAAAAACUGUGACGUGGAUAUUGAUUAUUGUGAAGAUAAGUAAGUAAAAUUUUAACAUUUAUGAAGCAAUAUGGGCAGGACGUACAAACAUGUAUCGCCAAAGGUGUAUGUUUGAAAUGUGAACAAAUGUGGAAAAACGUUUACAGACGGUUGUUUGCAAACGGUAAUAAUCUGACUGGCUAAACUCAUUGAAGUCUUCAAAUACUCUAUUUUUAUUUUAUUUUACAGAUUUUGCCAUUUAACACAAACUAUUACACAAAAUUAGUUACACAAUAGCUUACAUGGCUGGAAUUACCACACAGAGAUUAGUUCUCCAAUAACGGGGUUCCAAAAACAAUGUAUUUAUCUGCGAAUGUACAUACUUUGAUGCAAAAACAGGUAAAAUUGUUACUGCACCCCACCCAUAAUAUCUAUUAAUGUUAUUUUUAGAUAUUGUUAUAACAAUGGCACAUGUAUCGAUGGUAGACUGAAGGCCACAUGCAAGUGUCCGAUUGGUUUUACUGGAAUUUACUGUGAAUAUUUAGAUGGUUUAUGCAAGUCUAAUCCCUGCCAGAAUGGGGCUACCUGUGUUAACGAGAUUGGAAACUACAGAUGUUACUGUAGGUUUGGAUAUAAAGGUAAUUUAUCAUAAUUUAUUCAGUUUAUGAAGAUAAUUGAAUAGAAUAGGAAAGGUUACAAUACCGUAAUAGAAUAUCGAUCUAUAUCUACAAUCAGAAACGGCUGUUUUGCACAACCUCGUGUCAGAGUCUUUGGAUCAAACAGCACUUGUACAGUUGUACACAUUGUAAAAGUCAUCCUCACGUACCCUUCAAAAUUUACAUAACAACGCUAAUUAAGAAUCUGCUAGAUUUUAGCUGAUCAUUUGAAACUACCAAGGUCUUCCUUAUGAGACGUGAACCUGGCAGUAUCCAGGCUAUUUCGCAUCGGCGACCAUUACCUGGUCACAACAGCCACAAUUAAAUGGAAAACAAGGCUUAUAUAUAGAUUAGCUUCCAUCAUUUUAUCCCAAGCAGAAAAUUCGCUUCAGUAAUUGACUAAUUGUUACAGUGCAGUACAUGGCGGACCAUUGGCGGUCAACAUCAGUAAUGUUGACAUUUUGGAGCAAGCAAGUUAAACCACAUUUUUUAAUUACAAGACUCCUCCAAAUACAAUGACAAUGUUGCGAACCUUACGCACAAAAUCAUUUCACACUGUAAUAACUACCAUUAUCAGCUGCACCCCAUCUACUUGUUCCAUGUAUGGAAUGAAUAAUAAUUAUUAUAAUCUGUGUAGGUCGAAAUUGUGAGAAAAGAAUUGAUUGGUGUAAGCUAAACCCGUGCAAAAACAAUGCAACCUGCCAUCCUGACGUUAACAGUUCAUUCACUUGUGAUUGUUCAGCAGACUACACAGGCACCUUUUGUCACGUCAAGAACUGGAAAUGUGCGGAUACGAACAAAUGUCAAAACGGGGGAAUCU